GCCUCUUACGAGUUGAGUGUAAACGCGAAUCGCGAUCUUUGACGUUGUUUUAGUUCGCGCGGCGACUAACGACUAUUUCGGCCGAAUUUUUUUAAAAAAAAAAACGUAAAAUCGAUUCAUAGUGACAGUUUUUGUGGGUGGUUUUCUCUGACAAUUUUUAAGGAUUUACGGAUUAUAUCUUAAUCUAGGAUUAGCUUGCAGUAAGUUUUUAAUGAACAACCUCUGCAGAUUUUAAAAGAAGAAACUAACCAAUUUAAUUGAAGAAUCCAAACGCCCCCAUGAAUGUCACCUGAAGAAUUAUAGCAACUUCUUCUUCAAGCUUUAUAAUGUGAGGAACUAACUAGGCUAAUGGAGGAGGAGGACGAGAGAGGACCUGAAGAGGGUCACCUCUUGGUCAGAAUCCACGUCCCAGAACUCAACGUCCAAAAAUGCCUCCAAUUUCCCAGGGACCAAUUAGUUUGGGACGUGAAACAACAAUGUUUGGCAGCAUUACCGAAGGAAUUGAAGGAAAGCUUCAACUAUGGGCUUUUUUGUCCACCGGAAAAUGGCAGGGCAGGAAAGUUUCUGGACGAGGAAAGAAGACUGGGGGAUUAUCCGUUCAAUGGUCCUGUGGGAUACUUAGAGUUGAAGUACAAGAGGCGUGUCUACAAGAUGAUGUCUCUCGACGAAAAGCAGUUGAAAAGUCUACAUACCAGGGCAAAUCUCAGGCGAUUUUUGGAUUAUGUUCAAAAUGGCCAAGUUGAAAAAAUUACGAAAAUAUGCGCUAAGGGCCUAGAUCCGAAUUUUCACUGCCAAGAAACGGGAGAAACCCCGUUGACAAUAGCGACCGGCAUAAAGAAACCCGCGAAAACAUUGAUGGCCUUAGUAAAUGGCGGAUCUUUGCUAGAUUUUCGAAAAAAAGACGGAUCCACGGCCCUACACCGCGCAGUGGAACACCGCAGCCUGGAAGCCUUAAAAACUCUUUUGGAAUUAGGAGCAUCUCCGAAUUACAAGGACAAUAAGGGAUUAACACCACUUUACUACACCAUCUCGGUUAACGUCGAUGCUACUUUCUCAGAGACUUUGCUCCACGAUCACGCUACCACCGGCGCUCAAGAUGCUCAAGGUUGGCAGGAGGUUCAUCAGGCAUGCAGAGCAGGUCUCAUAACCCACCUGGAACACCUGCUCUUCUACGGAGCGGACAUGAACUCGAGAAACGCGUCCGGCAAUACGCCCCUUCACGUUUGCGCGGUAAACGGUCAAGAGUCUUGUGCAAGACAGCUCUUAUUUAGAGGAGCGGAUAGACAGGCUCUAAAUUUCGCCAAUCAGACGCCAUGUCAAGUGGCUGUCAUAGCUCACAACAUGGAUUUGGCGGAAAUUAUCCAGAAUUAUAGACAAGAAGAUGUUGUCCCUUUUCGCGGUCCGCCUAGUUAUAACCCGAAGCGUAGGUCGGCCGUAGGAUGGCUCAACAGGGUUCCGUCCAUGAGUACCCUUGCCUUACCUCCAAGUCCUUGUCCAAGUGACAGAUCCUCAGCACCUUUCAGUUCGGCAAGUUCGAGUCUGUCUGAAGGGAGCGCCCUGCCUGGCCAUGAGACUGAUACUGCAAGCAUUGUGACAGUGUUCGCACUGGGUGUUUCAGAUAAAAGCAUCGGAGAUACGAGCGACAUCAUCAGCGACAGUUCGGGAGUGGGUACAGCCAACUCUGAUACCACCAAUUGCACCAUUUGGAUGCCGGGCAGUACCGUCGUUUGCAUCGAGUCGUAUUCCUCGAAAGAAGAAGGCCAUAUAGCCAUCAGGGAAGGAGACAUACUAGAAGUUAUCGCUGCGACAGAUGACGGGUACUUGGAAGGUAAAUUGAAAAGCGGAGGAGGUCGUACGGGGUACUUUCCAGCUUCUUGCGUUCAAGAAGUUCGAUUACGUCAUCAUAACAUCCAAGCUCCCAUGAUGGUGGCUAAAGACCCAAGACCUCCGAGCCAGGGAGGCAACAGAGUUCUCGGUAGAAGGGAGAGCACUUCUAAGCAUUUCGCUACGGCGCCUAGAACUACCAAGAGAUCGUUUUCAAACCUACCCGCAGAACCACGAACCGUGGUUCUACACAAGGGUAAAAAAGGUUUCGGAUUCAUACUGCGAGGCGCCAAAGCAACAUCGCCGCUCAUGGAACUGACGCCCUCAGAAAAAUGCCCCGCUUUACAAUAUCUGGACGACGUCGAUCCAGGUGGUGUAGCAGAUAUGGCUGGGUUGAAGAAAGGAGACUUCCUUUUAGAAAUCAAUGAUGAGGAUGUUUCUUCUGCUUCACACGAGCACGUGGUUGAUCUUAUAAGAAAAUCUGGUGAUCUGGUGAAAAUGAGUGUGAUGUCUCUGGGCCCCCCCGUUUGUGGGGCGAUACCCAUGAGCAAAUCGACAAUUCUACCAGGAGGAGCAGGCACCAUACCGUUGAGCAGGCAGUUUGCCACUUUGCCCAGAAAGACCAUGACAUAUGGUGGGACGCUGGGCAGGUCAACGCAGGCUCCAUUACCGCCCAGAAGGGACCCCAAGACGACUCUGAGCGUUGGAAGGGCGAGAGCGAAGAGUAUGGUUGCAGGUUUAGGAGGAGAAAAAGAUGAGACUGAUGAUAUGACAAAAUCUAGCUCGGCUGAGUCAAUACACCAAUCGACGCCAGGCGGGAUUUGUACGUCUGCGAAGACGCAGCCGAGGACGGCGUCGAUAAGACAAAGACCUUCGUCCACCAGCUUGAAGCAUUCCGUGUUGGAGGAGCUGUUUCAGAAGCAGAGGGAGAGCGAUACGCAGAGUUCUUUGAUGAGCAGUUCGAGGUUCCAGAGUUCGAAUACGUCUGGUUCGCCCAGCAAGGGGCGAGUGUAUGCCAGUGUGGCUGAAAUGAAGAGGAGCAAAAGUAAAUACCCCAAAGUGAAGUUCACAGAACUAUUCGCCGAUGGAAAAGAACUGAAACGAACCUUCCACAGUACUCCGGAUCUAGUCCAAGAAGUGGCGUACAGUUCGCAAACUUUACCUAGCAAGUUCCAUCAUAGUCACAGUCAAGAGGAUCUGUCCGUACUUUUAAGCGGGAGAAGUCUACCUCCGCCUACUCAUCCCCCGCCACCGAUACCGCCGCAUAUUCAGAUGGUCAAAGUCGACGUCACUCGAAGUCAACGAUCCGAGUACGACAAUUUAAACAGGGAACUAGGGGAUGAAGGUGUUAUAUCCUCGUUUAAUCCAACAGCAAAUGCGAAAUUAUAUGCGUCUCCCGAAGACAUGAGGACCGUGGGGUACAGAUCGAAGAGCGCGCCUUCACAUGCAGUCAAGAGCCAGUUGAGGAAAUCGCAGAGUAUGAGGACUAGUACCACGUUCAAACCGACGGCUACUAGUUUUUCCAAAGAACAACAGUCUAAUCCAUAUGCUCAACCCAUAAGGGCGUCAAGGUCCCACUCUACAGGAUCUAGGGAACGUAGAAAAAAGACAUCGUCGAACAAAUUAAAUUCGAAACUGGCCCAACCCGGCGGGCCUCCGAUUCCAGAGCCGGACUACAGUUGUACCGAUUCGGAAGGCGAAACUGAGGAUAUCCAGAGGAAGACGGCCGAUACGUUAGCGAGUAGAAUUAACAGUAUUCAGUUACAAGCGACUGAAAAUAGUGGUAACAGCAAUGCGAGCGGAAGUUCAUCGGGAAGUAGUUCCAUCCCUCACAGUUUUAGCGUUGAAGAAAUCCAGAAGGGUAGGUCGUUGCUGAAAUCCUCUAAAUCCUAUCCGGAUGAACUAUUGAAGAAGCAGAAGGAGUCUGAUGCUGUGGAGGAUGGAGAUAACAGUUCAUCUGGAGUUAGUUCUGAUCAGGAGAUUACUUGUGGAAAUGCUGAGAUUCAUGAGCAAAACAAUAGCAUAGUGCCUGUGACGAAAAAUCAUCGACCACAACAAAUCGGAACGUUAAAACGACACGCAGUCUCCUUAGCCCAUCUGCCGCCGCCCAUCGAAAACGAAACGGACGAAAAAGAAGACUUCUGUCUACCGCCGCCUCCGGAAUUCGGCGAAAACAACCCGAACUUCAGCGAAGUCGUCGUGGCUCCACCGCCGCAAUUCAUGGACAACCGACAAGUGACUAGAGUGAGAAUAGUUGGAGCCGUACCAAAAGGUUCCAAAGGGUCUUUGGCCGUCAGCACGAAACCGAAACUCAAACAGAACCGGCUUCAUAGUCAGUAAAAGGCUGACCCAUACAAAACAUCAUUGUCGUUUUUUACCUUAACACUUUUCUACAAUUUAAUACUCAAUUUUUGAUAUUCAGUACAGACGGUUCCGUGAACAAUUGUACCUCAAAAACAGAACAAUUGCAUACGGAAACCGUGUUAGAUCACCGACAUAGUUACUACUAGACCUUGCAAUUAAUUAUAUAAAAGUAGAGCCAGUAAUUCUAUAAAAAUAGCAGCCUGUAACCUGAAUUACUGAGGGAGCGGUAGUUUAGAGUUUUUUUUUUAAAUUUCGACAUCAAUUACUAAAAGAAUUCGACUACUUCCUCAUAUACAUUAUUGCUUCAAAAGUCAUCCGUAGUCAGUAUUUUUUAGACAAAAUAAAAAGACUCAAAUAAAUAGUUCACCUUUUUUU